AUGUGCGAAUCCGCCACCGGACACAUACUUGCAGGUCUGCAAUGCGGUCGGACGAUGAGGAUCAGGGUGCGCGGGACGCUGACCCGGGUAAGGCCGAAGAUCCGUGUCUCAACCCCAGGCCGGGGGUACAAGUGCAUCAGGAUUCUCCCGCUGCUGUCCGUCUUCAUCAUCGUCACCGCCCUGUCCAUCCUUGCACUAUCAGAGAUGUCUGUGGUUGCAAAAGACACAGUAACUGGAGUCAUAGGAGGUGGAGGAGCGGCUUCAAGAAUUAUGCCCGGAAGAGCACAUACUCGACUUCAGCAUCACAAACCCAGUCACCAGGAGAAAGGUAUGUCCUUCAAGAUGGAACCACUUUUACGCAGAGAUGCUCUAUCUGUGGAGCUAACAGCGCAAAUGGUCGUAAACAGGUACCGAGGUGGUGUCAUCGCAAAUACAAUAGAAAAGGAAUCAAUCUAUCGUGGUCCUUUGCACUGCAACCAUCCGCCUCGUGACUGUCCUUUAGUCCCACCAAACUUAUGUGGUAGGAUUGAUGUGGAAACCUGGCUCAAAGAAACUAAGACAAUGCCAAAUAUUAACUUGACAUAUGUGCCAAAAGAUUGCUCCCCACGACACGCUGUGGCCAUCAUCAUUCCAUAUAGAGACCGGGAGAAGCAGUUGUCCAUGCUUCUGUCUUACCUUCCUCCUAUCCUUGAACGUCAGCAAUUAGCUUACCACAUCUUUAUUAUUGAGCAGAUUGGCAAUGACACUUUCAACAAAGGCCUGCUGAUGAACGCUGGAGCAUUGACAGCUCUCGAGUACCACUCCUAUCCAGGAGUGAUGUUUCAUUGCCUCGUAUUCCAUGACGUAGAUAUGUUGCCUGAGGAUGACAGGAUAUUAUACUCCUGUCCACAACAGCCCCGUCAUCUUUCUGUUGCUGUAAAUGAACUCAAUUAUAGACUGCCCUAUCGACAGCUUGUUGGAGGUGUAUUUUCUAUUCGCACUGAUCAUUUUCUUAGAGUCAAUGGUUAUUCCAAUUUAUUUUGGGGCUGGGGUGGAGAGGAUGAUGAUAUGGGAUACAGAGUUGAACAUGUACUUCUUUGGAUCUCUCGACCUCCAGAAUGGAUAGCUCGUUAUACUAUGAUAAAACAUGAGAAAAGACGCCCUCUUGCUAGAAAAGUAAGGACCAAAUUACUGAGAACCUCUUGGAGACGCUACCGUCUCGAUGGUCUCAAUACAGCUGCCUACGGUCUCAUGGAAGUGAAGCAUAUCAGCCCGAUACUCACUCAUAUCCUGAUAGAUGUAGGUCACCCACCCAACAGCAUCAAGCAGCUUCAACAAGAAGAGGAAGGAAACACCUAA